AUGAAGGACGAGAAUAAACAUCGAGUUUUGAAGCAUCUGGUGAGGAUGGGAUCCGAGGUGGUGAAGAGAUUUUUUGACGUGGCUAGAAGUAUGGAGAAUGAGGAUCGAGGAAGCGCCGAGAAGAAGUUGCAUCACCUGCGGGGGAUUUUUGGAAACCCUCACCUCACCAUCACUGAUUUUCUGGACAACCUGCUUCUUAUGAAGGAUGGAGUUUGCAGCUUUGCAGAAUUUCGAGGGAAGCUUGAAAGUGCUGUAAGGAAGAAAACACUGACGGCCUCGUUCGCUAGCAUUGCCCAGGAGGAUGAGGAAGUUAUUGUGCCUGAAUUCUCCGAGCGUAUCACUGAGGAAGCUCUCAAGCCAUACGUGAAGUUGAAGCAUGCCGAAAAGAGCGGAGAGUGGAGAAAUUACGAGCAAAUUUGCUUGGGGAGCUAUGGAACUCAAAAAAUCCAAACAGGAAACAUCGAGCUUAGGAUCAUUCCCGGAAACCAGGUGGAAAUGCCAGAAGGAUCUUUCAAUCAACCUUUCUGUGCGGCAGUAUUCUCCAAUGGGGUCGUUGAUGUCGAUCGAUGUCUACUGGGGCUUCGCAAUAACCAAGGCCGCUGUAGGGGAGAGAAAAAAAUUCCCAUAGCCUACGUAACAGACAGCCUUUGCGAGGCGGCAAGGAUUGAGCAGCCACUUCAUCAGUAUAAUUUGAAAACACAGUCUGCCGUGCUAAGAAAGGCUGAAGGUAAAGGACCCCUCUUCGUGCAAGCUCACAUGCAUUGUGGGAUUGCCAGCAGCUCGGAGAUUCCCUUGUCAACAUCAGUCAUCGAUAUGAAGGAUCUCCUAGAGAGCCUCGGGAAGCCGAACCAAUGGAUUCCCUCCAAUGUUAAGGACUUGAACAUCCCAGAGUCCUUGAAAAUUUUAUCUCUGGUUGAGUUGGAUUUGGUUCUGGUGGGAGAAGGGGAGAAACACCCUGACGAUGCUCAAGACGAUCCUCCAGAUACCCCCAGGAAGGGAUAG